CUCGAAGUGAAGUUGGCCUGUGUUUUGGUGUAGUGUCAUUAUCUUCUCCAAUAGCACUGUGACUAUAGGCGCUUUUGGCGCAGUUGUUGAUUCAGCGGCAGUAGCAUAACCAUUGUGUAUUGGAAUCGGCAGAAUAUUCCAUCUAUUGCAUAGUGAUGGUUUCAACAGCUUUUGGGUUGCUCUUGUUGCAUAACCGGUUUUAGCUAAAAUUGGGUGAAAACCGAAACGUUUACUGAUGCAACUCAAUCGCUGCAACUUGCUGGUCACAUUUAACAAACGUACACUCAUUUUAAUUAAUGUUUAAUACAAAUUGCGCAAAACUUAGCACAGCAAAGGAAAAAGCGGCGAUUCGAAAGCCGCAAGCACGCGUUGUUGUUCUGUUGUUGGUAAGGAGCGGUUGUCAAAAUCAGCUGAUGAAAUAAACCGAUGAUAAGAAAUCUGGCAUGUGUUCAGUGUUGUGGUUUAAAGCUAAAUUCAAAUAUUAUUACAAACUUGUGAAACUUGCGUUGUAAAAAAGUUAUUUUAGUAAUGUAUGCACCAGAUAAAGAGUUAACACCUGUCUCCAGUGAUAACACACUUUCGGAAUUCAUCGAUGAAAGCAAAUCCCGAUUAAAUGAAAUUUUAAAACGUCUUGAAUGGCAUAUUGAACCGGAUACUGCCACAGAUACUGCUUUGAGAAAUGAGAAACAAAACGACAAACAACUGGUGAUUGACUUCGAACCGGACUUUCCUCCAAGUUGUGCUUCUGACAAUUUCUGUAUUACGGACGUUGAGGAGUUACGAAAAGUGUUAGGCGUUCCAGAUAAAGAUGUUCCUAAAAGAUUUUCAGACUUGCAGUUGAAUUUUUCCCGGACGGAAAAGCUAUCUCUAUACGAGCAUGUUAUAGCAAACACCAAUAAAUAUACAGAGCCAGAAAUAACGGUCGGAUCACUAGAUGAGGGUUCUCUGACAUUCGCCGAAAUUGUGGCACAAAAGAAGCGAGAGACCAAAAAACGUCGUCGGUAUCGGCGCAGUAAGCCAACACAUAUUGAAGAAGUUCGCGCCGUUGUAGACCUACAAAUGCAAUCUUUACAGCAAUAUCUUAAAGAAAAGGAGUCGGAGGAGCGCAUGAACCAGCUGAUUGUAAAUGAAAAAUAUAAGCCGAGAAGUGAUAGAGAUGGUAAAUCGUCACGAGGAAGUAAUGGUAGAAUUCACACAUCUGCAAUACAUCGCAAUAAACAGCGAAGUAGAAGUAGAAGCAGAAGUUAUGAGCGCAGAAGUCAUAAGAAAAACAGACAUAGAAGCCGCAGUGGAAGCAAUCACCAGAGCAAAAAAUAUCGAAGGGAUCGUAGCAGCAGUAAAAGCAGAAAACAUCGCAACAGAAGCAGAAGCAAGAGUAGAAGAAAAACACAUAAACGCCGCAGUAGGAGUCGCAGCCCGCCUUACCGUAGCAAUAACAAUAGAAAUAAACUACAUUAUCGCCAAAGGGAAUAGUAUAGAGAUAAGAUGAAUUUACAAUAUUUAUAUGGUAUUCCUUUAAUGAUAUUUGAAAACUGCAAGAAAA